UUUUUAAUACCCGGACAGCUUCCACACUGGACUCGGACUGAGCCGAACUAUAGUUCCUGUGAUGCCCCAGGGCGGGCCGAGCUGGCCGGGGUCGCGAUGCCGUACGUGGACCGACUGAAUCGCAUCUGCGGCUUCCUGGACAUCGAGGAGAUCGAGAACAGCGGCAGGUUCCUGCGCCGGUACUUCAUCCUGGACACGGAGCAGGGCAACCUGCUGUGGUAUAUGGACAAUCCUCAGAAUCUGCCUAAAGGUGCGAAUAAUGUGGGCUUUCUCAAACUCACGUACAUCUCCAAGGUCAGUGAUGCUACCAAGCUCAGGCCGAAGGCAGAGUUCUGCUUUGUUAUAAACGCGGGCAUGAGGAAGUUCUACCUCCAGGCCAACGACCAGCAGGAUUUGGUGGAAUGGAUCAGCGUUCUGAACAACGCCACCAAGAUCACAGUGCCAAAGUCUGGAGAGAGCCAGGCCGCCUAUGUGGAGACCCCCCAGGAAGCCCUCUGCGCCACGAAGCAGGUCUCUUACAAAACGGAGAUCAUCGGUGGCGUUCCGAUCACCACAGCCACGCAGGAACAGAGCGAAGGCCAGAACGGGUCGGACCGAGGGAAGCGGGCUCAGAACCAGCUGCCGUACUUCCUGUCCAGAGGAGCGCAGGACCAGUCUUUCAUAAAGGCGGGAUACUGCGUUAAACAGGGAGCUGUGAUGAGGAACUGGAAGAGGAGGUACUUCAUCUUGGACGAAAAUGCCCUCAGCUACUACAAAUCCGACCUGGACCGUGAGGCACUGAGAGUUAUCCCGCUGAAGGAGAUUCAGAAAGUGCAGGAAUGCAAACAGAGUGAGCCGAUGAUGCGAGACAACCUCUUCGAGACGGUCACCAACUCCAGAACCUUCUUCAUACAGGCUGACAGUCCAGAGGACAUGCACAGCUGGAUCAAGGCCGUCUCCGGGGCGAUUGUUGCUCAGCGCGGGCCCGGGCGCUCAGCCAACACGAUCCGUCAGGCGCGACGGCUCUCCAGCCCGUGUAUACAGAGGUAUACUCCGUUCUACAGUGGGGAAUCCCGCACGAGCACAGUGACCUUCCCUCUCCCGCCUCCGCCUCCACCUUCUACUACUCCCUCAACACGGAACCGCAGUGCCCAGAACCCUCAGCGGGUGCUCAGCCUGACGCUGGACCCUCGCCACCAGGACAACUUCUUGGGCCUCCUGCCGUGGCGCCUCAGUGGAAUCCAGCCUGUGAUGAUGCCGUUGCCUUCGGCCCGCUCGCGCCUUUCUCUGCAGGAGACGGUGCAGUCCUCAAAGUGACGCAGGCCGAGUGGCUCUGUGAGGGCAACCCCAACACGGAGGAGCCCGACUCGCAGAUGACUCUGAUGUGACGGCAACCGAUCUUUGAAUAUUCUCCUGCUAAACUUUCUGGGACUGUUUUUUUUUUUUUUUUUUUUUUUUGUCUUUCUUUUUUUGCCUUUACAUGUGGCUCCGCCCACAAGGUCUUCCUCUGCUGUUCCCCUUCACCUCGUCUUCCUGAAUAUCUCUCACAGUACGUUGCAGCAGAUCAUGCAGUCGAUUUAAGCUCUCAGCAGGAGUCCGGCGACAGGAAGGCGAAGAGAUUCACUUCUGAAACAACCAAAGUUUAAAAGGUCGCAGAGAGACGCGUUCUCUUCAGUCCUGUGUGUGUUAUCUGGAAGUUUGAGAUUUGAUAUGAAUUUGUGUUGUUUCCUUAUCAAACUGUUUUUUUGUUGGGUUUUUUUUGUAGCUGAGAUUUUCCCAGGCACAGAUAAGGAGACAUGUGGAGUCUUGCAAAACUUCCUCUUAAAGAUGCCGGUAACACUUUAGUUGAAGGGAUGUGCAUAAGAUUGAUAUGACUCCUGUAUGACGCCUGUUGUGAACAUGACUGGGUUUUUAUAAAUGUUUCCAUGUUAAUUCAAAGUUGACAGCUUUAAUGAACUUUUAAUGCAAGAUUCAAUGCAACUUUGCAUUAGAAGUGUCAUUAUUUACCGAAUGACACUUUGUGGCAACAGUCGUAAACAUUCAUGAAGACUCCUUCGUGUUUCUGACAGUGUCAUGUCGGUCUUAUGCACACCAUGUCAAAUGAAGUUACCAAGAUGAUCCCAGUUAGAUUUUAUGUCCUAGUCCAACACAAAUUAGUGCAGCGAAGUGGAAGAAAAAUGUGUGGUUUUAAUGGGGACGGAGGGUUUAAGGUAAAAGUCUGAAAAGUGUGGCAUGUAUCUAGAGUCAGUCCCCCCUGAAUCAAUACUUUGUAGCUCAGGGAGCAUCUCUUCACACCUGAGUUCCACUUUGCAAAUGAUUCUCCCUGGACCGGAUCGAAGAACAAUAAUCCCAUAGCAUCAUGCUGCCACCACCGACAUCUGUUACUGUGGGAACAGUGCACUUAGAGUAAUGUGCGGCCUUUACUUGCACAGCUUCAAACAGUUCAGUGGGUCAAAAAGAGUCAGUCUGAUCAGCCGCCUUCCUGCUGGAAGUGAACUGUAUACAGGCGGACUUUAUUUAUUGAUUAGAUGACUUUUGAAGGCAAUUGUUACAACCGAAUUUUAAAUAGGGGUUUCAAAAUCUGCACUGUACUCUAUUUAUUCCACUUCAAAUUAUGCAGUUGAUGUUGCUAAAUAAUACAAAAUGUAUAUAUAAUACAGAUUUAACAGUCAAGGGAUAUGAAUGUUUUUAAGAAAGCUUUGUAAGACUCCAGUGAUCCAGAAACUCUGCUGCCACAUAGUGUGUACAACUCGUAUGUCAAUUAUGUUGUUUUUUUUGUACUUGCGUUUGCUUUAUCUGCAUAUGCUAAUAAGUGUUAAAAAGCUUGCUAUAUAUUUAUUUUUAUUUUAUUUUUGUUUGAUCCUAAACUAAUAAGAUCAAACAAAUUAUCAGGAAAAAAAAAAGGAAUAGGAAUAAGGUUACAAAGAAAUAAUAUAUUUUCACAGCACUGUUUACAUGCAAAGAAAUGCUUUGCGACAUUUGCAGAAAUCAUGCAUGUGAACACAAACACAGAGACACAGUUAAUGUAAAAAUAAAGAUAUUUGACUUCAAACUAAGCAGAAACACAUUUAGAUAACCUAAAAGGAAGAAAAAAAAAGUUUAAACCAUUUUUCUUAAAGUAAGUUUGAUUGUCAGUUUCUCGUGUUUAUAUGGCGUGUCAGAAUAUAACCUGAAUUAUUUAAGUGAAUUUAUCUUUUUGCACCUCUGUCACUCCUAUGUUAAUCAACGUCUGUUACAGAAACUGGACUUUUGUGUGUGUGUGCAGUUUGGCUCGGCAGAAACCGUUUGUGACUUUGCUCAAUGUCAGCCUCUGCCCUGAGUGUGGAAGUUAUGCGAACCACAGAAAUGCUUCAGCAUCACGAACUCUGACUCUGGAAACAUUUCCUUCUUGCUCACCAGCUCCCCUCGCCUCACCUUUAACUUCCUGUUCCUUUACCUGACGCCUGCCGGUUUGCGUGGGAAUCUUUUGAGACUCAAGCCGUCCGGCAGGUUGUUUCUCCUCUUGGCUCUCUGGUUGUGGGUGUUUCGUUGUUGUUGUUGUCGUUGUUGGUUUUUUUCUAGUAUUGAUAUUAUUAACUUUAAUGAGGCAAAAAUAAACCACAUAUAUAUGUUG